AUGCCUUUUGGCCUGAAGAACGCCGGCGCGACGUAUCAGAGAGCCAUGAACCUGAUCUUCCACGACAUACUGGGAAAGGUGUUAGAGGUAUACAUUGAUGACGUAGUCGUCAAGUCUCAGAAGCGAGGGAGUCACAUCGCAGAUCUCAGGAAAGUGUUUGAGCGCAUGCGCCAACAUAAACUCAAAAUGAACCCGGCCAAGUGUGUGUUUGGAGUGUUAGCCGGAGACUUUCUGGGGUUUAUAGUCCACCAGCGAGGAAUUGAGGUCCCCGAGGACAAGGCAAGCGCAGUUAUUCAUGCAUCUCCCCCACGGACGAAGAAGGAAUUACAGCGUCUUUUGGGUAAGAUUAACUUUCUACGGCGUUUCAUCUCUAAUUCUGCAGGGAAAAUCCAGCCCUUCUCACCGUUGCUGGGACUACAAGGACAGAAUGAAUUUGUGUGGGAAUCCAAGCAUCAGGAGGCUUUCGAUAGUAUCAAGGCCUAUUUAGCAAGCCCACCAGUCUUGGUUCCCCCUAGACCCGGAGUCCCGUUAAAACUGUAUAUCUCAGCAGCCGCCGCCUCCAUUGGUAGCCUGCUCGCUCAGGACGAUGAGGACGGCAUCGAGCACGCUGUGUUUUAUCUCAGCCGUUAUGUACCCCAGAAGGCGGUCAAAGGGCAGGCUAUCGCAGACUUUCUAGCACAUCAUCCCCAGCUAGAAAUACCCGUACUGAAAGAGCUAGAAAUUGCCUGCAACGCCACGACUCGACCAGAUAAAGCAUACAUUCCUGAAUACGAGGUCUGGUAUCAGGCUACUAUUUUUCUACAACCCUGGGUGUUAUUCUUUGAUGGCUCACGAACAGAUGCUCUGGCCGGCGCAGGGAUUGUUUUGGAGAAUCCUGCCGGUGACCGUUUCUCUUAUUCUUUCCAGUUCACGUUCCAAUGUACUAAUAAUCAGGCUGAAUAUGAAGCUCUCAUCAUUGGACUCGAAGUCCUGUUGGAAAUGGGCGUCCGGGACGUUCAGAUUCGCGGAGAUUCUCAGCUCGUGAUCAAUCAGCUUCUGGAAAAAUAUCGCUGUACGAGUUGGCUGCUCAUCCCCUACUUGAGCCGCGCCAUUGAGCUUCUAGACCAAUUUACAGAUGUUGGUAUGGAACAUAUACCACGUGAACGUAACUUUGCUGCCAAUGAGCUCGCUCAGCUGGCUACAGGCAUUAGCUUGAAAUACGGCGUGCGCGAGCGCAUUCUGAAGGUUGAGCGCCGUACACUACCUUCGUGGCUUGCUCGCCCUGAUCCUCCAGAUGAGCCCGUGGUUGCGGUACUCGAGCCCAUUGAUGUUGAUUGGCGGAUCCCACUGGUUGAAUACCUCAAACGACCAGACUCCAGCGCUGAUAGGAAAAUUCGUUUCCUCGCAUUGAAUUACUUCCUUAGAGGUGAUGAACUGCGCAGACGUGGCGAAGAUGGUAUAGAUUUUCGAUGCGUCUACGGUCGCGAAGCCAAAAGAUUGAUGCGCGAGGUGCACACGGGGAUAUGUGGAUCUCAUCAAGCCGGACCUAAGAUGCGUUGGCUCCUCAGACGUCAUGGUUAUUAUUGGCCCAGCAUUUUGAAGGAUUGUAUUGCAUUCGCCAAAGGCUGUGCGGAUUGUCAAGCACACGGUCCUGUCCAGCAUCACAAGUUUAUCAUUGUCGCCACUGAUUACUUCACGAAAUGGGUUGAAGCAGAACCUCUAAAGGAGGCCUCCGGCACUACCAUUCGCCAGUUUAUUUUCCGUAAUAUUCUCUGCAGGUUUGGCAUACCUGAAGUGCUGGUGUCGGACAGGGGGCAGCGUUCAUGGGAGGCCCCGUUGAAGAGCUGGUGCAUGACUUUGGCAUUCAGUUCACCCAUAGUACUCCAUAUUAUGCUCAAUCUAAUGGCCAGGCGGAGGCAAGCAACAAGAUAA